UUUCGUGAGAUUGCCAAGUGACAACACAGAAUUUGCAGGAAACAAAAUGGCUCCUGGAAGAGUGUUUUUGUUGACUUUGGUCUGCACUUUGUCGUCAAAAUUCGUCCUUUCAUCGGACAUUUUCAACAAUAUACUGGACGAUGUCUCACCGUGCGUGAACGUGUGCGAUGACACAUACUCACCUGAAACGAUUUUAGACACAGAUAAUAAGGUGGACGAUCUAAAUGCUUGUAAAAGAGGAUGUCGCAUGUUUUCCGUAAUGGAGCUCAUAGUGGAUCAGUCUGAUGAUUUUAAUACAACAUAUCAACAUUGUUCAGCAGCUUGUUCUGAGGCCUACCAGUUAUCUCUAAGUAGCAGAUAUGCUUGCAACUUAGGGUGUAAAAGCGAAGUACCAUUUGCAAAACAAAGGCAACAAGAUGUUGAAGAUCUGCCACCUAGAAUUCAUAUUCUAGAACCUCUAAUGAUGGUUCGUAGUUUUUAUAACAAUUUUGUGGACAAUGCUAGAAGCUAUGCAUCCUGGUCUUGGUCUAUGUAUGUGGAAUCAGAAAAUGGUAAAGUUUAUAUGUUUAGCUCUGAGCCAGAAAUAUAUACAGCUAAUCCGUCAAUGGAAAGACUCGUAGCUGGAUCAGACAAAAUACAGCGUGAUAUGGAAACUAACCUGCAGCCCAUCAAGAAAGAUGAAUCUACCAUGUAUCCAGAUAUAGAUAAUAAUAGUGACUGGCUGGGAUGUGUCUCUAAGAAAUCUGGUUUACCUCGCUGGGUAUUGAGUGCCACUAUAUUACUUUCAUCCAUGGCGUUGUUAUGGCUGUGUUGUGCUACAGCAGUCACAGCUCCCGAUCAAAGAGUACCAAAAGAGAAACUAAGUAUUUAUGGUGAUUUGGAAUACUUGAGUGAAAGCAAAGGAAAAUAUCCAUAUCCAAUCUAUAUCAAACCUACCUUAGCGCACGGCGAUGAUGAAGCAGAACCAUUACCAAUUAAAAUUGAUAUUUCUAAAGAACAGUCACAAAUCUGAACAUAUUAUUGCUUUGCACUUUUACAUUCUUCGCUUAUUUCAAUGAAUUUGUAAAAAAAAAUGUUGGUUACAGAAAUUCAGCCUUAAACUGUGUGUAGCUUAUGACUUACAAUUUUCUUCAUGCAUGUUUUCGUGCGAGAACUUAAACAUAUUAUUGUAAAUUGUGGGUGGGGUUGAUAAUGUGAAGCCCACAUCAGCCAAUAUUGACUCCCUAGUCAGUUUUGUGUAGUUCUAAGGCCACUUAACAUGCUGGUGAUAAAGCCUCCAUGUAAUAUAGUGGGAUAAUUUUACAUACCACAAAAUAUACCACACUUGCACUACAUACCCCCCCCCCCCCCACUUAGAAAUUAUGAUAAAUGUAUUUGUGAUUUUUAAAUAAUAUGAGGUGAUUUUUGUUAUUAGGUAUUUUAACAUAAUCAUUCUGUUAUCGGUAUAUUGUGAUUAUUGGUUUAUAUGUCUAUACUUAAACAGAAAUUUUGUCAGGAUUUGUGUAUGUGGAAUAUUUUUGGAGGAAGUGGGUGGUAUUUUUGUCUUAAUUAAUAUCUGCAAAUGUCGAGAGAAAUUAUUAAAAAUGUUGUCAUUUGAUUGUCUGUGUUUCAUAGUAUUAAUUUCCCAGCAUACUUAUUAAUAUUUAUGUUGUGCACUCACUGAAUAUUAGUUGGUUGAACUUUCCACUAGUGUGGGGUUUCAAAUUUAUGAACUGUAUAAUUAUCGUCUCUCCAUCACUUAAGUACAUGUAGGUCAUCACGAGAACACAUAUACAUCGACUACUGUGAUCUGUUAGUUGGACCACAUGCUAUUAGUUCAACCUCCUGCUUUUCUGGGGAUUCACCUUGGUAAUUUUUUUUAAUGAACAAGAAAUAACUAUUUAGUGUAUUAGUAGUAGUUCUAUUAGUAGUGUAUGCUCUCACAAUUAAGCUUAUGGCAAAUUUUGUAUAUUGGAGAUAAGCUUCAGGUAGAGCAUACCUUUUAGCUUUUCAGUGUUUCAUGCUUUACUGUUUGAAAAUACCUUCUUGAUCGCUUCAGUUCUACAAGUGGUUGACUAAAACCCAUUCAACCACUAAAAAAAUAUUCAGUUUUUUAAAUUUCACCAUUUCAGCCACCUCCAAAAAUAAUAAUUUGUUACUGGUCCAACUAAUGAACAGAUAAUGGUAUUUAACAAAACUAUAAAAAACUUGCAUUUAAAUUAACUCUAGGCUGCAGUGAUGUGAUCAAUUUCAUCCUUUACAGGGAGUGGGACCUACUCAAUGCUAUUGGGAAACAUGACAAUUUUUAAUAUAGAGUGGCAUGUUUUGAAUUUGAAUUAGAAUAGCAAAUAAACAAGCUUGAUUGGCUGAUUACUAGGCUCUACACAUUUUACUUGUUAAUGAGAGAUUAACUUACAGGAAACAAUUGGGGUGUAUAUAUUUAUUACAUAUAUUUACAUUAAUGUCACAUGAAAUAAUUGUUUAUUUGUCAUGCAUAUUUCACUUCAAUGAUUCGGAUGUGUACUGUAUUGGUCACAUUCAUUCUACUAUUUGACGAUAAACAUGAAUUUAUAUAAAAAUCAGAUUUUAUUGUAACACAAAUCAUGAAAUUAAUGCCAAGUUACUGUUGAUUUAUGCUGGUAUUCAUUUAAAUAGUUUUUCGGAGGUAUAACCGAUCGUCGGGAAUUAACAUGGUGGGAAUUUAAAAUCAAAGUGAAAGCAUUAUACUUAAACUCUUGUUAGAUACAGUGUGUGACAGAAACCUGUUACCUUAGUUUAUCAAACACUCAUUUAUAAAACGAAAUUGGUCAAUUGGCAAUCAACACCCAGGUAGAAUUUAUAAAACUUUCACAGGUUACUGUCGUGCACUGUAACUUAUUUUAUUAUCAUGGCUUGCAGAGUCUUGACUGGCUGACAAGUAGAAUGCCUUUAAAUCUGAAAUCAGUUUCUACUCGCAUGGUAAAUAAUAAUUUCAAGGGUUCGAUAUAUCGGUAAUAUUGUUUUGAUCAUAAUUUUCACAAUUUCAGUUCAUUGGCCUAUUUACAUAUUUUCCAACUUUUGUGUUUUAUUUGUAGAAUUUAAUCUGUAUUAAUAAAAAAGGGAUACUGGUGAAGAA